ACUUACGAUCAGUCACUCGCGAUUUAGCCAAGACUACGGUUGAAAACAUGAAUCUUAAAUACCAAUUCAUACCGAUUGUUGUUAUUCUUAUUCAGUUUUGUAAUGCAAAUAAAAAUUUAGAAUCUUGUAAUGUGCAAAAUUUAGAACAUAGAGCAUAUGGUUACAGAGAUUUUAUUGAAGUUUCUUCAAUAAAAACAAAUUUGCCAAAACACAAUGAACGAUUACAUAUGAAAUUCUACGUAAUGACUUCGAUGGAGGCCCACAUAUUGCUUUCAGAAAAUAAUAGCCCCAAUUGGGAAUUCCCUGUUUAUUUUAAUUUUCAUUUCGGUUGUAUUGAUUUAUCUGUAGCUGCAAAACAUGGUCGUGGUUAUGAAAUCGUUCUUGGUGGUUAUGGAAAUACGCUUUCUUGGAUAAGUACUGGAAAGUCUAUAGGAAUUUCUAGAAAUACUGAAGUUAAUUCUCCCAACAUCUUAUCGUCUUUGGAUCCAAUACCAGUUGAAAUAAUUCAAACCAAUGAAGGGGAACUUAUUGUAAAUGUACCCGGGCAUAGAGUACCCCUUUUAAAAUAUUUGGAUAUGAAUCCCGUGAAUAUAAAAUAUUUUAGCUUUGGUACUUAUGGAGGAAAUUCAGCUAAAUGGUUCUACAACUGUCCAUUGGAUGUAUAUUCCAACACAGAUUCCCCAAGGACGAUUGCUCCAAGAAAAAAAGCAAACAAAACGUUUCUAAGUCUACUGACAGAAAUAAAAGACCUAAAAAAAGAACUCAAUGAACUUAAGCAAAAUCAAAUAACAACAGAAAAACCGAAAAUAGAUAUACGAAUUGGAUGAGGGGCGAAGAAUACAUAAUUACUCUCAAAAUGUUUAAAAAUAAAAGUUGAUAUGCAGAAA